AUGCCUCCUAGAGCUAGAAGAAGCUUAGAACUUAUAACAAAUGAGAUUGCUCGUAAGAUGACCUUUCGGAAGCGAAAGAAAAGUAUAUAUAAAAAGGCGGACGAGCUUUCGAAACUCUGUGAUAUUGAUGUUUGCUUGAUCAUCUAUGAAGCUGAUCAAAAGAAGGGGAGGGCAAUUCAAUCAGAGACGUGGCCUCAAGAUUCAACUAAAUUCAAUCGCAUUUUUAACAAGUAUAAAGCUUCCAAGGAUAUUCAUGUCCCUGGUUUAAAGCAAAACUUCGAUUUGUCUGAUUUUUACAACGCUUCCAAGAAAGAAGACGUGGAUCGAAAGUUUGAAAAAAUGUACCCAACAUGGGAUGAUCAAAUUGAUGAGUUUUCGCAGGUCGAAUUGUUUAAACUAAUUGGUUCACUGGAAGCCAAGAUACAAGCUUCAUCCAAGAAGAUUGAUUUCGUGGAACAAAAUUGA